CAAGAGCACAUUGUAUAAAUCGCGGUCGUCGUCGCGUUGUCGUCUCUACAGUAGUUCUUUCCCAUGCACCACACUCCAGGUGCUUUGCAUUAUUUUUGAUCUAGUUAUCAUUCAGUAGCAGCAUAAAAUUGUUCCAUUUGUUGCCAUAGAGAGGCCUUCGAGAGCAGGAAACGAAGAACGCCGGCGAUCGAUGAAAACCGUGGAGACGCCCGAUUAGUAGUGAUAUUUAGAUGGAGUUCUGAUUCAGCGUUGGCUUCACGUGCCAUGAAUUAGCGAAAGUGAUAUAAUUUUAGGCCUACCGUCCUCGUUGCCUCUACUCGAUUUCGUGACGACGAUAAUAACAAGCCGCUUUGUGGCGAAAAACAAAUUAUAUAAGAUCGAUUGUGAUAUUGUGGUCCGAAUGCGGCGAAUUUGCUAUUAAUCCGGAGAAAGAAGGGUGAAAACAGUACCAAAUAAGUGUAAAAAAAAUUGCAUCAAUAAAAGGGUUAGCGAGAGUGAAACAAAGCGGAAGAGCCUACUGCGAGAGAAGAAAGAGAUCUCCGUCGUCGUUCAUAUAUAGCUAUAUAUAGCAGUGGUGCGGUUUUGGAGGUCGCCUACUGCAAUUUCGAGGCCAUCCGAGUGCACAACAUCACUACAGAGCAGAACGAGUACGACUCGUAGGACAAAAAGUGGAACAGUUUUAAGAAUCGUCACAGCAAGCGACGAGGAUGCUGAAUCCGGUGGAAGCGUUAGCGAAUUUAUCGGGCGCUUCGCAGCCUGCUAUUCGACUGAUACUUUCCGUGCUAGUAUCAUAUCCUCUUGGUGCAGUUUAUCGAAACCUUAAGGCUUCCGCUACUGUGAAGAACCUGUACGUCGCUAUUUCCGGAAUCAUUAUCAUUCUGUUCAACUAUGGCUUCGAUCUGUACCACAGUGUUCUGGCGGUGGCCGCUACUUAUUUCUUCAACACAUUCUUCGCCACCAGUAGCCUUCUGUUGCCGUUGAGUUUCUGCUAUCAUCUCGGUUAUUUACUCAUUGGCUACUACUUCACUACGUCGGACACAUACGACAUAAAAUGGACUAUGCCCCACUGUGUGCUGGUGUUGCGGCUAAUCGGCUUAGCGUUCGACAUUUCCGACAGUCGCGAAAAGGAGCGUCAGAACAAACGGGAUGAUAAAUGCAUCGAUGUUCCGUCGUUGCUGGAGCUGAUUGCGUUCACCUACUUUCCGGCUUCGGUGCUUGUAGGGCCUCAGUUUUCACUGCUUCGUUUCAGACGCUUCAUCAGCGGUCAAUAUGAGGCACAUACGACCGGAGCGCCGUCGUACGCUGCCAAAAAGUUCCUGCAGGGAACGUUCUAUCUGAUUGUGAACCAGGUUGGGUCGCAGAUUGUGUCGGAUUCGUAUCUGCUGUCGCCGGAGUACGAGCAGGAAUCGUUCUUCAUGAAACAUGUCUACAUGGGCAUGUGGGGACGAGUUUCGCUGUACAAGUACAUCUCGAUUUGGCUGCUGGCUGAGGGUGCUGCUGUGCUGUUCGGUCUAACCUACAUCGAUGCCAAGCCGGGCGACCGAGAGUACGAUUCGGAUGAGUUGUCGGGAUGCACCAACAUCAAGGUGGGCGUAUUCGAAAACACCAGCAAAUUUGGCCACUAUGUCGAAUCGUUCAACGUCCAAACGAACCACUGGGUGGCAGUUUACGUUUACAAGCGUCUGAAGUUCUUGAAUAACCGUGUACUCAGUCAUCUGGGAGCCCUGCUGUUCCUGGCCAUCUGGCAUGGCUUCCACAGCGGGUACUACAUAACCUUCUUCAUGGAGUUCAUGGUGAUCAGGAUGGAGAAAGAGAUCGAACCAAUCUUCCAGAAGAACGACCGCUUGCAGGUUUUGAUGCAGCAACCCCUGGUGAAGGUGGCCGUUUUCGUCUUGCUCAAAUUCUACACGAUUGUUUUCGCCGGCUGGUGCUUAAUUCCGUUCGUAUUCCUCAGUUUCGGCAAGUGGUGGCACAUCUAUAGCGUCGCUCGCUUCAGUGGCUUAAUUCUCUUCGUGUUGGGCAAUGUGGCCUUCAAGCCGCUUCUGCUGGCGGUUCUGCCUCCGAACAAACCGACCGUCGAGGCGAAGAAGGCAGAGUAAAUCUGCGUACGCUUGUGUUUGUCAAUUUUUCAGAUACUUUGCAAAGCUUAAACCAAAAGGCAAAUGAUUCGAACAAACUGGCAACGACAGAUUAAAGAAAGACUUUUGAAUCCAUCCUGAAAGCGAUUUUCCUUUCUUUGAGCUUUUUGUUUAGGAAAAUGAACUCUUUUGUUCGCUUCAUUUAAAAUGAAUACAUCGACUGCACUAAAGAUUGAUUUAGGUAAUUUAUACUGUGUCAGGUAUAUAAUACAUGGAUACAAACAAACUCUAGAAGUACGAUAGGUUCGAUAAGCUUGAUUGUCGCGAUCUGCGCUACCUCUUGCCAAUUUAUUCUUCGUCGUCGAUAUUCGAUUUCAUUUUUUUUUUGUUUCGGACGCAUCUCUUUCUAUAUUACCGACAGAAAACUCCUCUUUAUGCAAUUUUCCCUUCUGAGAUAAUAUUAAAUAACUAUAGAUACAAAGAGAGGGGUAAAAACAACAGAAAAUUAAAUUAUUUAAACGUUUACACGCAAAGCAAAGGUAGUUUUUAUCUCAUCACACUCGUUCGUUAUUUUGAUCUGAUGCAAAACUAUAAAAAAAAAACUAUAUCUGUACUAGCGGUUGGUAAAACGAAACGGCAGAAUAACAAAGGAAAGUAUUUAUUUUUAUAGGAACAGAAAAAUUAAGUCGAUAACUAAAAACGCAGUAGCAUGAUAGCAAUUCUUAAAAACUGAAAGGUGAUUUUUAUUGCCAGGCGUUUGGUUGGUCAACAAUGAUCGAAAAGGUUCAAGCGAUAUGAUGGAAUUCAAGGUCUAUUACUUAAGGAUAGCAACAACAAAAAAGAGAAGGUAAAAAUGAGAUAGUUACUGUAGCGUUAGGUGAAACACGAAUAAUUUUAACUGAAACUUCAAAUAAAUAAAAAAAGCAAAGUGCUAGUCAGUUUAUGAGUUGAAUGAA